AUGGACGUGAAUUACGUCAAAGUCGAAGAUAAAAGUGAGUUGCUGAAGGAUGCCUCGAGGUACAGAAGUGUCGUCGGAAGCCUAUUGUACCUCUCUGUAGUGGCUCGACCUGAUAUUGCCAACAGUGUGUGCAUUCUUGGAAGAAAGUUUGCAGCACCCACGGAGCAAGAUUGGGUGGCGGUGAAAAGAGUGAUGAGGUAUCUCAAAGGCACGAUCAGCUGCAGUCUGCGUUUGGGCGGUGAAGAUAGUCAGGCGUUGCUGGGUUUUUCGGACGCCGACUGGGCCGGCGAUUUGACAACUCGCAGAUCGACCUCGGGAUUUGUUUUUAUGUUUUCCGGUGGAACGAUCUCGUGGGCAAGUCGUGGUCAAGCUAGCGUGACACUUUCGUCAAUGGAGGCGGAAUAUAUUGCCCUCAGCGAGGCCUGUCAGGAAGUAGCCUGGUUGAGACAACUAUUGUCGGAUUUCGGAGAACAUCAGAAAGAAGCUACUAUAAUCCGCGAAGACAACCAGGGUUGUAUCGCCUUCGUUGAAACGGAGCGUGUCAACCGAAGAUCUAAACAUAUCGAUACAAGGCAGAAAUUUGUGCAGGAGCUAUGUUUGUCGGGUCAGAUUGCACUCCAAUAUUGCCCAACGGAUCAAAUGGCGGCUGAUAUACUUACAAAGCCACUGGGACCGCAGAAGCAUAACCGUUUCUGCAUCAUGUUAUCCCUGGAGUAA